AGGCAAGACAGAUUAGAAGUAGUAAUUCAUGUCUUGUCACAUACUAGUAGAUAAUCAUUGGCGGAGCUACAUUGAUUUGGACUUUGGAGUCAUUGGACCAAGGGAAGGACUGGGGGAUUCGACCCAUGAACGCCACAUUGGACCAAAGCACUAAUUUAGCCAUUGGACGCCGUAUUUCUUUUUAAUCUUUGGACCCCAUUAAAUUUUUUUGCGGGCUAAGCCAAUGUGGAUAAUACCACUCCAAUACAAAUCAAGUCAACUAAUACCUGACAAAACGAGUAUAAAUUGGCACUCCUAAUCAUCAAUUGUCUUUCUUUAAAAAAAAAUACAUGAUUUUUCAUCAACUUUACUUUUCUAAACCUCUAUCCAAAUAAUACUUCUAUCCAAAUUUAAGAAAAACAAAUUAUCCAAAUUUAAAGAAAAAGAGACACUGGUUGCUGCGUUCACACGCGUCAAAGACGAGUCAUUGCAUGAGUCCACGUGUCAUCCCGAGAGCAAAAACCCCUCCCGCCAGGAUUCCUAGGUUGUAGUGAUCUGCACUCCACGGGCUCGCCCGCGAAUAGACUGAAUUACCCCCACCUUUAGCCUCGGCGUACACUUGGGCCUAUCGCCCCUCGUGGGAAAGAACAAAUAUUGGGGGUUGGGAACAACUGAACAAGUUGCAUGUGGAGCCCACACAGGCAUCCGGGCGGAGACCCUACCCAGCCGGGAAAACGACCGGCAAUCCUCCCUAACCCGGAAACCCGAGUGGUGGGGCUGGCUUCCCGGACACGUGGACGAAUGGGAAAGCAGAUUUAGAUGGAGCUCUGGCAGCCACAAAUCUCGAUCUCACGGACUAGCGCUCAGCCACAAAUCUAGUGGGGGUGGGGGCUCCUCAUAUACUUUCUUCUUCUUCUCUCCUUCUCUUAUCUUACAAUUUCCAGGAUUUCAAUCCAUUUCCAUCCCAAAUUUGUGUCGACGCUGGAACUUCAUCGCUCUUCUCAUACACAUAAAUCUUAGCUGGGAAGUCUGCAGCUGGUUAUACUCUAAACCUAAUCGGAGCUUUCAACCCUCCUGCAAAUCAGAGCCGCCGCCUCCCCUUGCAAACCUUCAUCGAGGGGUUCUUGUCAUUUCUGGUUGAUUUUCUCAUCUGGGUUUAGAUCUCGGCGCCAUAUCUCUGGAAAUCGACAACUGGGUAUUCUUCGUUUCUAUGAAUUGAUCCUCUGCUUACACUCAAAUUUGUUCACUUCUUUGCUUAGGGUUCCAUCUUCCAUGUUAUCCCUCUGUUACGCCUUUGGUUCCCCUGAGGAACUGGCCUAUUGGGUUCCUUUUCUUUUUGUUUACUUAAUUUGCUUGGUUCUUGAGAAAAGAUAGGGAAGAAGUUGCGAGAGAACUGCGAUUCUCAGUAUGGGAUUUUCCUUUUUGUGUGUCUAGCUAUUCUGGGAUGGAGGAGUAAUAUUCUCAACUAAAAUUAGAUUUAAGAAACUUCAGUUUCUCUGUAUGCCUGUGCAGUAUUGUUGGGGAAUGCUUAUUAAUCUUGCGGAUCUAUUUUCUUGGUUUGUUUUUUCAGAAAACGAUCUUAUGAUGAAUGGGUAUUUUGGAUACGAUGAUCUUGUUGUUCCUAAAGAUCAAGGAUAUUCUGAUGGAUUCCAAUCACCUGAUAGCUGGUCAAAUUGGGGACUAAAUGAUUCCAAUACUUUCAACGACUAUCCUCACAAACACAUGCUAUCUCCUACAAAUCUGAAUCCAGAACAACUCAGAUUUGACUCCCAGACUUCUCCAAAUCAUCAAUUCGACAUGGAGUGCAGUACUAUCCCAGAUAGAGAUCAAUCUAGUUGUUCGAGUUUUGGUGGACGAGCACCUGUAUACCACCAGUCCCUUCACCGUCAGGCGGUGGAUAGUCAACUCGACUGCCUGUCAGGGUUUGAGCCCAUGGAUGAUCAUUUCUUGAGUUCAUUGCUUGAUGACAUGCAAGAGAUGGAACAGAAUUCACCUUGCUUUUCAUCCGAGUCACAAGACUGCAUGAUUCCUGCUGAUGAUCUCUGGACCGAAUCCACCGCUUUAGAUUCAGACUCAAUAUCUAGCAAUGGUGGAUUUGCUGCAUCGUCACACUACAGUCCAUGCGACUUGGAGAAGGCAGUUCUUCAUCAACUAAAGGUACCUCCUUUUACUGUAUCAGUAACAACAUCUGAGGAUGACUGCAAAGACUUUCAACUACAAAAUGAACCAUCAAGGGAGGAGUCUGCACUGCAUGAGUUCGAACUGAUGAUGGCACAGCUGCCUACCAAGACCCGAAUAUGCUUUCGUGAUGCCUUGUACCGUUUGGCCAAAAACUCAAGACCCCAUGAAGUAGCAAAUGAUGAUGUUUCCAUGGACACCUCUUCAUGGGCACCUCAAGUCGAGGAAUCAAGGUCCGGAGAAAGAGGAAUGGAACCAGAGACGAACUCCAUCGAUCGAUCCAUAGCAAGCAUGAUGUUUAACCAGAUGGACCUAAACGUGCUGCAGUCAAAUCACCCACAAUGCUUCACUGCUGCGCCUCACAGCCCGACAUUUCUUGGCGACGCUGAGGUUCCAGUUUCUGGUAAUGGAGGAUACAUUGGAGGAGCAGCAGCAGCAGAUACGGACAUGCAUAUGUCACGAACUGUGGCAAACUAGUGGCGUUGCAGUUUCCGAAUCAGAAGCUGGUUUUGAAAUAAACCAUUGAAGAAGGCCGGGGUUUGGAGAGGAGUUCAGCUAAGGAUAUGAUUAUGAAUGAUCCACGUUUUAUGUACAUAUAGAUAUUGUGAGGGUAGUAGUAGUACUAGUAGCGAUAUAUAGUAAGAUCUUAGGCCUGCAGUAAAUCUUCACCAGCCAAAGUUGGUUUUUUGAAGGGCAUGUGUGGAGAAGUGAAUUCUCUGGAGACUUUUGUGGUAGCAGAAUACAUGUAUGGGUUAAAAUUUUGUUCUUCUGACUCGAUAACGAAAGAGAGAAGGGAUUUAUUCUAUAAACUAUAAUAGCCACUGCCCACUAGUUUAAUCUCCAGCAAGUCGAUGCAGGUCAUGGCGAAUUGAAGCUUAGGUUCUUCCUGCGUAUUCCCGGCUUACAUGCUGUGCACAAAGGCAAACCUUCAUUAAGGGCGAGAAACUCAGAGAUUUGAGCAGAGAUUACACUCGAUCUCAAUUGUCUGCUCUCAGGACGGCAGGGAAAAUAAGGUUAACUGUUAUUCGUCACCUUUGUGGGCUGAUCGGACAUCAGCAAUUCGAGCUAGCUUUAUUUUUCAACUCCUUUCUGUUUUACUUAUCUUCCAUAGCUAGAAACUCUUGAAGAAACCUUGAGAUUUGAGAUUGCAACGUCAUAGUGAGUCCCCUGUUUCUUAACAGUAAGGUUGGUUUGAUUUCUGUCCACCAGAAUGUCUACCGGAUUGAAGUUCACUUUUUUCUUCCGUUGAUUUUUAGCCAUGAGAAUGUCUACCGGAUUGAAGUUCACUUUUUCUUCCGUUGAUUUUUAGCCACAAGGUUUAAACGAAGUUCACUUUGUGUUUCGUUAUUUUCUUGUGUUUUUGUUUCGUUCUGCCACUACCAACAAUAAAACAAGGGAGAAAAAAGACAAUUGUAAUCUAUGUCUUCUAACUUGUUAGCAACCAAUAGUGUUUGUAUACAAACUUGAUAUUUGAGUUUUUUGUUCUUAACAAGAAUAAGAAGUGUGAAUUGCUCUCAUUCUCAAUAAGAACUAGCUUAUUACCCGGCCCGUUGGCCGGAUUACUGUAUGUUACCCACUUGUGGAAUGGGAGAGAAAGCAAGUGAGAGUGAAGGGAUUGUGAUUCCACUUGAUUAGGACCGACCCACUAAUCUGAUUCUUCCCGACCCGCCCCAACCUAAAGGGUCAGAAAGAGUCAAUAAGAAAAUACGAACAGAGAGAAUUAGUAAUAUAUCUUGACUCUUCAGAAGUGGGUCAAACAGGAUCAAUGUUGGGUGAGGGCAAUUUUUAGCGCUAAGCAGAGUUCUGGGUUGAAUAACUUUACUUAGUCCUAGAAAUUGGUGCUGAUGCAGACUGCAGUUUUUAUCAUACCAUCAUCAAUCAUCGUUGAAUUAGUCCUAGGCAUCCCUCCCCGUUGUCGGUCUGAAUUUUAAUGAUGGCUUCAUUCCUUGCACCAGCCAUAUCGGCGAGUUGUCAUCUCGAGCAUGAUUUGCCUAUGUACAAAUGAUACAAUUAAAGUAUGAAACUGAUAUCAAAGAAAAGGAAAAGAGAAUUCUAUCACAUGCCAAUAAAUACACACAUAAUAGUUGAAGCUAAGUGAAAGUCAUUACUCGCACAUCAAUUCUCAAAAAUUACAGACUAAACAAUGGCUAGAAUGGCACUGAAACUACCAAAAAUCAUGGACGAAACAACUUGUCAAAUUAAAUAAUCCUUAUACUGAAACUACCUUCUAACUUGAAAUAAUACAUGAUCACAGUUCAUAGCACUCUUAUCACUAUGAAUUGGUUGCAGCUCGUCCUUAUCACUACCUCCCAAGCUCAAUUCAAACAGAAUAGACACAGUUAUGUAAG